AUGUCCAGCCUCCGCAAGCAGUUCUACUUCACCAUGUUCUACACAGUCACCACUGUCUUCACCUUCAUGAACACCUGCCUCUACUGGUUUGUACAGCUGCCGCACGACGACAAUGGGAACGCCGAGCCCCCCAAGCCCCAGCCGUCUGGUGGCUCGCACGCGUCGAGCAUGUACGAGCAGUCGUUGGGCUUUGAGAUGACUCGCCUGGAGGACAUCAAUAAGGGCAAACCACAUGGACCUUUCACGGAGAUUUUUGGUGAAGGCUGGUUCAAGGCUUUUGUCAUCAUCAACCUGUUCCUCGUCUCGACAGUCAUUGCACUUUUCGAGAUAUUCUGGCUCAACAGCAUCAAGCGCCCUCUGGCUGUUGGUGCGCACACAUUGGGCGUCAUCUUCUUCGCGGGUCUCUACCUCGGUUGGGCAGCCAUCGGCAAGAUCGAGACCGGCGCCGAUGCCUUCUACUGGCUCGACCAGAAGGUGAUCGGAUCGCGCGAGGCCGUGGUGGCAGCGUCGAUUGGAUUUGUCAUUCUUGCUCCCAUCUUGUACGCGCUCAUGUAUGGUCUCAUUGGCAUGAGGGAGAGUAUCUCCCGGGCUGCCCACUCGAGACGGGUAGCCGCCGCUGCCGAAGCAGCGGGCCACUGA